AUGGGCAAGGAGAAAAAUCCACCUGAAGAUGCGGCUCCAAUAAUUAUUCCUCACAGUAGUUCUGAUGAGCCUGACAAGCCCUCGACGAACAGCUAUGUUAGAGUGUUUAAAUACAACGAUACUAUAGGAUGGAUUACAACCGCAAUCGCAGUAGCCUGCAUGAUUGCUGCCGGGGUCUUGCUUCCGUUGAUGAACCUUGUCUUUGGAAAAUUUGUCAACAUCUUCAACGACUUUAUAUCUGGUCGCAAAACACCAGAAGAAUUUCGCUCUGCGAUUAACAGCCAUACUCUAUACUUUGUUUACCUCUUUGUAGCGAAAUUUGUUCUUGGAUACGUCUGGACGACUUUAAUUUCUAUCAACGCCAUUCGUAUAUCCCGCUCCCUUCGUCUCCAUUUCCUCAAACAGACACUUCGCCAGGAAGUCGGAUUUUUCGAUUCCUCAGCGCCAGGCUCUAUUUCCAGUAAUAUUAAUACAGGUGUCAACCUUGUCAACCAAGGAAUAUCCGAAAAGUUUGGACUUACUGUGCAAGCAACCACAACCUUUUUCGCAGCCUUUGUAGUUGCUUUUGUGGCGCAAUGGAAACUUACGCUCAUCGUAUCGUGUAUCGUACCAACGAUCCUGAUAGUUAUUACGAUAUGUGUAACGAUCGAUUCUGGUAUCGAGAAAGAGCUAAUAGCAACAUGGGCAACCGCCGAUAAGUUGGCAGAAGAGGUUUUUUCGAGUAUUAGGAACGUACAUGCGUUCUGGGCAUAUCCGAAAUUAUCACGGAAGUUUAAACAUAUUGUUGAUGGAAUUAGGGCUCUAGGCAGAAAGAAGCCGCCAAUUCAUGCUGUGAUGUUUUGCAUACAGUUCUUUUGCAUAUAUGCUGGAUAUGGGCUCGCUUUUUGGCAGGGAAUUCGAAUGUAUCACCGGGGUGAGAUUCAGGAUCCCGGUGAUAUUGUGACGGUGAUUCUUGCUGUACUUCUUGCUGCGCAAGGAUUAACACAGGUUGCACCCCAGAUUCUCGUGGUUUCGAAGGCCACCGCCGCAGCCGGCGAACUAUUCAAAACUAUCGAUCGGAAGUCUAAAAUCGAUUCCCUAUCUAUAGAAGGUGUUAAGCCGUCCGAAUGCCACGGGGAUAUCGUUUUCAACGAUGUGGACUUCGCCUACCCUUCAAGGCCGAAUGUUCAAGUUCUGUCCAAACUCAGUCUUGAAUUUCCGCGAAAUAAGACGACUGCAAUUGUUGGACCUAGCGGCUCGGGAAAAAGUACUAUCGUGGGUCUACUGGAAAGAUGGGUUACUUCUCUCAGCGGUACGAUAACGCUUGAUGGAAAUAAAAUUGAAGAUCUUAAUAUAAAUUGGCUGAGAACGAAUAUACGGCUUGUGCAACAGGAACCGGUGCUAUUCAAUGGUACAAUCUUCGAAAAUAUAGCAUAUGGCUUGUCGGGAACACCUGAAGCUAGACUUCCCGACGACCAAAAAUUUAAGCUCGUGGAAGAGGCAUGCAAAGCGGCCUACGCGCAUGAAUUUAUUGAGAAACUGCCAAAAGGCUACUUUACACAGAUUGGUGAACGCGGGGCUAUGAUUUCCGGCGGGCAAAAACAACGGUUGGCAAUUGCAAGGAGUAUCAUUUCGAACCCAAAGGUGCUUCUUUUGGAUGAAGCGACAAGUGCAUUGGAUCCGAAUUCAGAACAUAUUGUUCAAAAAGCCCUUAACAAUGUCGCAACAGGACGGACCACUGUUGUAAUCGCUCAUAGGUUAUCAACUAUUCGAGAUGCGGACAACAUUAUCGUAAUGUCCAAAGGGACUGUAGUGGAGCAAGGCACACAUAGUACACUAAUCGCAAGCGGUGGCGCAUACUCUCGACUAGUACUUGCACAAAACAUUAGCAAAAAUAAAGAGGAUCAAGGGCUAGAGCCCAGUAAUAGACUGGAACUCGGGAGAGGCCUAGAUACUGCUACAAAAAUCCCUUCAAAAACCGGUCACCAAGCAAAGGAUCUUGGAGCAACUACUCACAAGAACGUGAACUACAAUCUUUUCAAAUGUUUAUUCAUCAUCGUUGGCGAGCAAAGAAAAUUGUGGUUCUCGUUCACUAUUAUUUCCCUUGCAGCAAUUAUAGCAGGCGGUACAUACCCAGCCCUUGCGGUUCUUUUCUCUCGCAUUCUUGACGUCUUCGCUCUGACAGGUGACGCCAUGCUAAAGCGAGGGGACUUCUUCUCAUUGAUGUUCUUCGUCAUGGGUUUGGGAAAUUUAGUAGCCUACUAUGUUCUUGGCUGGAUGUCCGCUACUAUCGCCCAGGAAGUCAUGAAUUCAUAUCGCUCCGAAGUUUUCAAUAACACUAUCCGACAAGAAAUGUCGUUUUUUGAUGAUCCCGAUAAUACAACUGGCGCCUUGGUCUCUCGUCUGUCAACAGAGCCGACAUGUCUACAGGAUUUACUGUCUGCCAAUAUUGCACUAAUACUUACUAUUACUGUUAAUAUUGUCUCGAGUUGUAUUCUAGCUAUUGUUUAUGGCUGGAAACUCGGAUUGGUAUUGACAUUUGGCGCUCUGCCACUCCUUGUUGCUUCUGGAUAUGUCCGCAUUCGCCUCGAGUAUAAACUGGACGAAGACACAGCUUCAAGGUUUGCUAACAGCGCGGGUAUCGCGACCGAAGCUGUCCUCGCCAUCCGAACCGUUUCAUCGCUAGCAAUUGAGGACGAUAUUCUAGCAAAAUACGAGAAGAGUUUAAGAUCAAUCGCGAGAAUUUCCGUUAGAAGUCUCGUACAAACCAUGUUCUGGUAUUCGUUAAGUCAAUCUAUUUCAUUCUUGGCUAUGGCGUUAGGAUUUUGGUACGGAGGACGCCUGAUAUCUUAUGAGGAAUAUACUUCACAGCAAUUUUAUACCGUUUUUAUUGCUAUUAUCUUCUCAGGUGAAGCUGGAGCUUCUCUAUUCACCUACACUUCGAGUAUUACUCAAGCACAAGGAGCAGCAAACUAUGUUUUCAACCUUCGAAGACAAGUUUCAAACGACAUGAAAGACGAGUAUCCCCCAAGGGAUAAGGAAAAUACGGGCGGCCCGGCAGAAGUCGAAUUCAAAGAACUGGAGUUCUCUUACCCACGUCGGCCUGAGAUCAAAGUCCUUAAAGAGAUCUCCCAGAAAAUACAUGCUGGUCAGUUCGUAGCUUUUGUUGGUGCAUCAGGAUGCGGUAAAACGACGAUGAUCAACCUUCUCGAGCGAUUCUACGAACCUAGCAGCGGCAUACUCUACCUCGGCGGCCUAGAUUCCAGUUCGAUACAUCUCGGGGAGUAUCGACGACACAUAGCGCUUGUCCAGCAAGAGCCGGUUUUAUAUCAGGGCUCGCUCCGUGAGAAUAUAUCACUUGGAGUCGAAGAUUCAAUGAAUGGGGAUGUCACCGUUACUGAUGAGCAAAUCAUCGAAGCAUGUCGACAAGCAAACAUAGACACAUUUAUAGGCACUCUUCCCGAAGGUCUUUCUACACAAUGCGGAUCUCAAGGUCUCCAAUUCUCGGGCGGACAACGUCAACGUAUCGCAAUUGCUCGAGCGUUGAUUCGUCAACCACGGCUAUUGCUCCUGGAUGAAGCAACAUCUAGUCUUGACACGGAAUCCGAAAAAGUCGUGCAAGAAGCGCUAGAUUCUGUGGCAAAGAGUGAGAGUAGCGAAGGGAGAAAUAGAACGACGGUGGCGGUUGCACAUCGACUCUCUACUAUCAAAAACGCGGAUAUGGUUUGUGUGUUCUCCCAAGGCCGGAUUAUCGAGGUUGGAACGCACGAUCAACUAGCUGAAGAACAAGGCAUAUAUUAUCAAAUGUGUCUUGGCCAGUCAUUAGAUUCGUAG